UUCUGCUCCUGUGUCAUGUUGUUUCUCUCGUACCAAGCAAAGGCUGAAAAUUUCGAAUUUGUUUACAAAUCUAUGCGAGUGUGUCAAUUAGUAUUUGACAGCUCGACUCAGAAACAGUUUCACUCUGCAAUGCCGCUGUUCAACAAGAAAUUCGAGUCCAAGCCGAUACCGCUGCGUCAGAAUCGAUGCAAUAUUGGCAUUCCUGCUGUCGCCGAGGAUCUUGAUGAUUUUCGCCAGAUUUCGCUGAAUCUGGGCAACAAGGAGCUGCGCUUUGCCGAUGGCAUCUGGAUGCAUUCGUCGCGCAAGGGCGAUGUGGACGAUAUGCUGCGUCUGAAAAAGAAGUUCCGUGUCCUGGAAGAGGAGAACAAUAUGUCCAAUUUGAAGAUGGAAUUUAUGCUGGAUCUACUGGCUGAGCAGGCAUCGGAAUUGAACGAACUAACGCCGAGGGAAAAGAGCACAUUUGAAAAUGUAAAGAAAUAAAAAAAGCAUACGUGUGACAGCGGA